CUGUGAGGAGUGACCGGUCCAAAAGUCCACCUCCAGACUUCAGUGAUGAACCCAGACCAGCGAGAAUGGACCAGCAAAGCUCAGAGGUUUCUAGUGGUCAGUCUGCCCAGCAGCAUCAAACACACCUGGACUCCAUAUUUAUGCUGCUGGAGGACAACAUCAUCACUUUUGUGAAGAACGAGCUGAAGAAGAUCCAUAAGGUUCUGAGUCCAGAUUACCCAGAAUGCUUAGAGAGUCAGAGGGAGGAUGAUAUGAACAGGAGGAGCAGCAGAGAGGCAUUGUUGAAGAUCACAUUGAACUUCAUGAGGAGAAUGAAGCAGGAGGAGCUUGCUGAACGUCUGCAGAGAAAACUUCCAGCUGCCGUUUGUCAUCAUAAACUUAAAUCUGCAUUGAAGGAGAAGUUCCAGAAACCAGACAGACCAGGAACAACAAUCAGACAAGAAGACGUGUUUAAAGCCUCACCUGGAAGAGAUGAACCAGUCAGAACAGUGCUGACAAAGGGAGUGGCUGGCAUUGGGAAAACAGUCUUAACACAGAAAUACGUCCUGGACUGGGCUGAAGCCAAAGCCAACCAGGACAUCCAGUUCAUAUUUCCAUUCACUUUCAGAGAGCUGAAUGUGCUGAAAGAGGAAAAGUUUAGCUUGGUGGAACUUGUUCAUCAGUUCUUUACUGAAACCAAAGAAGCAGGAAUCUGCAGCUUUGAAGACUUCCAGGUUGUGUUCAUCUUUGAUGGUCUGGAUGAGUGUCGACUUCCUCUGGACUUCCACAAAACUACAAUCCUAACUGACCCUAGAAAGCCCACCUCAGUGGAUGUGCUGCUGACAAACCUCAUCAGGGGGAACCUGCUUCCCUCUGCUCGCCUCUGGAUAACCACACGACCUGCAGCAGCCAAUCAGAUCCCUCCUUACUGUGUUGCCAUGGUCACAGAUAUCAGAGGGUUUACUGACCCACAGAAGGAGGAGUACUUCAGGAAGAGAUUCAGAGAUGAGGAGCAGGCCAGCAGGAUCAUCUCCCACAUCAAGACAGCACGAAGCCUCCACAUCAUGUGCCACAUCCCAGUCUUCUGUUGGAUCACUGCUGCAGUUCUGGAGGAUGUGCUGGAAAUUAGAGAGGGAGGACAGCUGCCCAAGACCCUGACUGAGAUGUACAUCCACUUCCUGGUGGUUCAGGCCAAAGUGAAGCAGGUCAAGUAUGAUGGAGGAGCUGAGACAGAUCCACACUGGAGUCCAGAGAGCAGGGAGAUGGUCGAGUCUCUGGGAAAACUGGCUUUUGUUCAGCUGCAGAAAGGAAACCUGAUCUUCUAUGAAUCAGACCUGAAAGAGUGUGGCAUCGAUAUCAGAGCAGCCUCAGUGUACUCAGGAGUGUUCACACAGAUCUUUAAAGAGGAGAGAGGACUGUACCAGGACAAAGUGUUCUGCUUCAUCCAUCUGAGUGUUCAGGAGUUUCUGGCUGCUUUUCAUGUCCAUCUGGAAUUCAUUAACUCUGGACUCAAUCUGCUGGAAGAAGAACAAACUACCUCCAAGAAGUCUGAAACAAAUGAAUCUGCAGAGAAACACUUCUACCAGAGUGCUGUGUACAAGGCCUUACAGAGUCCAAAUGGAAACCUGGACCUGUUCCUCCGCUUCCUCCUGGGUCUUUCACUGCAGAGCAAUCAGAGUCUCCUACGAGGUCUGCUGACACAGACAGGAAGUGGCUCACAGACCAAUCAGGAAACAGUCCAGUACAUCAAAAAGAAGCUCAGUGAGAAUCUGUCUGCAGAGAAAAGCAUUAAUCUGUUCCACUGUCUGAAUGAACUGAAUGAUCAUUCUCUAGUAGAGGAGAUCCAACAGUCCCUGAGAUCAGGAUGUCUCUCGACAGAUAAACUGUCUCCUGCUCAGUGGUCAGCUCUGGUCUUCAUCUUACUGUCAUCAGAAAAAGAUCUGGAUGAGUUUGACCUGAAGAAAUACUCUGCUUCAGAGGAGGCUCUUCUGAGGCUGCUGCCAGUGGUCAAAGCCUCCAACAAAGCUCUGUAA